UAGUGAUUUAAAAAAAAAGAAAGAGAAAAAAAGAAAAUACUUGAAAUGAAAUAUUAAAAAUUAAAAUUUAUUUUAAAUAAAUAUUAAUAAUAAACGGAUUAAAUUAAAAAUAAAAGGAGGAGGAAGGGUCGUCCCAAAAGAAAACAAAAAACAAAGUAGAAUGAUUCAAUCAUCAUAUUUUAAGAUUUCUGGGAUGUGUCAACGCUUACGACUCAUACAAAUUUUCAAUGUCGAACGAUAAUUUUUUGAAACGGCAGAAAACCGAAAUAAAAAUACAAAAAUUAAAUUAAUUUUUUUUUAUUGUUCCUUUAAAAGGGUCCUCAUUUUUUUUGUUUUUUGUUUUGUUUUUAUGUAAAAUUUACAAUUUUAUUGUAAUCCUUUAACUUGCUUUACGAGUACAAUUUGAAAAUGUUCGACGAAAAUAUAGAUUUUGAUUGCGAUGAAUGUGGUGGCGCUGGUCCACCACCAAAAUUCAUGAUACCGCCACCACCGAGACCUCCGUUUAUGCAAGAAUUAUCAAAGUGUAGAGAAGACGAUGAUGAAAUAAAUAGUAGUAAUUAUAUAAGUAGUAGCAGUAGUAGCAGUAAGAGUGAUAAUAAUAAUAUUUUCUACAGUAAUAGUGAUAUCAAUUGGGAUAAUAGUGAUAUAUGUGAAGCAAUACCUAUACUUGAUGCUAGUUACCACAGUAGUCCAUCAUUACAAACUUCAGCUAUGAUAGCUGUUUUUUCAUUACUUUUAGUUCUAGUCGUUUUAAUAUCAUCUUUAUUUGUAUGGAAGUAAGUAAUUUUUAUUAGAAAUUUUUACUAUAAAAAUAACCAUUUAAAAUGUUUAUUAAUAUUAAAAUACGAGCGAUCCAGUACUCUUCUAUUGGGUAAUUUCGAAACACUUUAAUUUAAAGAAC